AUGAAGUUCGCUCGUGACUUUAAAGAAACUCUGGCUAACCAAGAUUUCCCCCCUCAUUGGGUUACCAGAGCUAUACCCUAUGGUCAGCUGAAGAAAUGUCUCAAGAAAGUGCAGCGAGAACUACGCGACCUGGGCCUCGAUCCCGAAACCCUUCGUGCAUUACUCGACCCUACCACAACAUCUCCUGUCGCACUACAAUACCAUUUAAAAACUGCAACCGGCUCCAAUUUCGUUCAACCAAAACUUACCGUCUACGUCCAUUUGCAGGAUGGUGUCGCCGUAGAUGCGUCCCUGACACCCACGUCGCGGCGCUUCUUUGAGCGAGUUGCUGCCGAAAUACGCCCGGAUCAUAUGGGUCUAGCAGGCACGCAUACGGAUACGCAAUCUACAGGAACAAGUCCCGUACGAGCCCCUGCCCACGAUGCUGACCGCCGAGCUGACGGAAACGACCAUAAUAUGUAUGAGACUGUUGAGGUGCCCCUGGUCUGUGAUGCCGAGUUUUUCGAUAUGCUUCAAAGCGACGUGAACAGCUUAGACGCUCUUCAAACAGAGGAGGAGGGGAAAAUGACUGCAGAGGUGGUGAAACUAGGCAAGGAAGUCUCAUUUGUCUGCCGAACCAGUCGGUUCUCCAAAAGCGACCUUGCUCGUUGGCGUCGCGUAUUCGAGCUGUACCUGGAUGCCGAAGUAUUUUUCAGUACUCAUGAAAGAGAUCAUGGCACACGGUCAAGUCAAAUGGCUCUGAAGCAGUUGCAGUGGUUCCAAGCCGAGGUUGAAAAGGGCCAUCUUGCAAGGGACUUCAAGCUCCGGGAGAGCCAGAUGGCCUUUUCGAGGAACUGA